AUGAGUUGUGGUCCGAAAUGUAAGGCGACAAACAUUCGCGUAUACCCGGGACUAACUAAUCAAAGCUAUACAAACCAUACCUACUAUACGGGCGGUCAGUAUUUCAUUUAUCCCGAGUACGAACGCAAUCAAUACAUUCCCUGGGAUUUGGCAUUAAUCCGACUCAACACUGCCAUACCAUUGGACGGUACGUCCGGUUCGUCGGGUAUUAACGCCAUUUGUUUGCCCGAAGAGAUGGCACUGAAUGCGGGCGAAGAGUACGCUCUGUUGAAUGGUUUCGGGACUGACAACUCAAACGGGACGGGAAGUGGGAUUCAACGGAUCGGUUGGACUAAAAUCAUGAAAUCUAAAUACGACCCAAACAAUACGUUUCAACGCAAUUACGUGCUGUACGCCAAACGCAUACCAUUCCCGUCCGGUUCCGCCACAUGUUCUGGUGAUUCUGGCUCCCCCUACGUUCAAUACGUCAAUGGUCUGGCCGUUCUCAUUGGUAUACACAGUUCUACAGAUAAAAAUCCUGGUGAAUCCUGUUUGAAAGUGACCGAACACUCUAAGCUAAAUGCCGUUCGGAUUACAAUUUAA